CACCUUUCGCAUGGCAGACAACAGAGGUACGUCGAUUUAUUUAUCAGCCACCCGGACUGGUAGAGAGAACAUACGAUGUGAAAGCUCCCUAUCUACCUUGGGCAACUCUGCGACCUGGACACUGGCGUAAGUGGUAGUGGUAAGGCCUCCCUAGCCCGUCCCUGCCGAGCCGUGAGCACUUGAGGCUCAGCGGGCGCCCGAUUCCUGCAAGGCUCGCUGUCCAGCAGAUACAACGAGAAACCCGGUAUUUCACCAUACCUUCCAGCCAAUGUGAUAUCUUACGUAGGUAUGGUACCGUCCGGUAGUAGGGCGCCAAUGCACACUUCCUGUGAUUUGCAUCAACAACUCAAAGCCCUGCACUGGCAAGGUACAGUACCCGCAUCGAUGUCGAUGUCAUUACAACUCUCGGCAGCCUUUGACGAAACCGCAGCGAAUACAGUGUACCUAGACACCUAGACUACAACACUCAAAUGCCUCUGCUAUCACCGCAGUAAGGAUUUGACAUCAUCGCAGGGAAAGCGGUUGUUUUUGUCGAGCUGAUAUUGUUCCCGCCGUCGGCAAUAUCAGGCACUGACAGCCUUGACCCAUUUGGGGGCGAGUGUACUUCUGCCCGGCUCGAGGCAGCAAUGGGUCAACUCCCGCAGGUGCCACUUUGCUCAGACAAACACCAUUCCAAGCUCCUACAACUACAUUCGAAACCCACCACUUGAUGCCUGAUAAGAUUCCCUGCAUGGACCAUGAGCCAUGAGGUGGGUCCGGCCUACCAUCAGUUCAGGAAGCGCGAUUCUGCUGGCCACCAACCCCUGUGCUUCCGUCAAUCUGUCGUGCGAGCACGCAAUCCGGCGACAUGGUCUUGGGAGACACCCCGUUCCAGCCGUGAAUAUCCUUGCCUUCCUGGCUCGAAAGAUGAUCGCCUUGGUAAGAUCGACUCUUUCCACACAGGUCACACUGUACCGAGUUACACGAUUUCGAGCCUCAGAUAUGGAGGCUGGGCUAUGUGAAAACCGGUGCAGUCGUCCAGGGUAUCUAGUAUUCACAUGUUUGGUCUCCCCUUCCCCGUCCAAGGUGGAGCUUUAGCACACCCUAUCUUCUGUGAUUCAUUCCACUCUACAGGACUACUGCGUAGCCUUGAGAGGGCCCUAUCCCAGCUUUCUCUAGAGAGUGGGUAGCCGUUGAAAUAUGUGGAGUGGUCGGGACACCAAGAUUGCCCCUCGGCUGGAUCACAUCAUCAGGGACGAAGAAUAGCCAGUGUUUCGUUGCGUUGCUUUCCAAGGGCGGGCCAUGGCAAGACCAUUUCUCUUGACAUGAAGGCUCGAAUCACACGGUGGGUGAAAAUUUCUGACAAGCCCGAAAGCAAUAUAUAAAGCACGAAGGGUGCAGACACCUACGCCACUCCCCUUGCUCAGUAACCCAAAUUCAAGAGGUGAGGAGACGACAACAUCGUGAAGUAGGUUAUCCGCAAAAAUGCCCGAGAAAGAAGCCGCAGUCGUAGAUGAGGUGCCUGCGUCCCCAAGAGUUGAGCGACAAAACAUCAAGUGGUACCGUUCAACAUUCUACAAUGCGCUUAUCCUGGGCCUCGCGAACUUUUCGGCGCCGGGCCUCUGGGGUGCCAUGAACUCGCUCGGCGCCGCUGGACAGGCAAAACCAUACCUCGUGAAUGCAGCUAAUGCCAUGUCAUUCUGUCUCAUGGUCGUGAGCUGCUAUUUUUCCAGCGCGCUGGUCCGUCUCAUCGGCAUCAAAUGGGCAUUGAUCAUCGGGACAAUGGGCUAUCCGCCAUAUGCAGCUGGCAUGUAUACAAACAAUCGGUUCGGCAAUGAAUGGUUCGUGCUGGUUGGCGCUGCCCUCUGCGGCAUUUCAGCAGGGAUUUUCUGGAUGGCAGAGGCUGCAAUUGCGCUCGCCUACCCAGAGCCUUACAAUCAAGGCAAAUUCCUCGGGUUCUGGUUGAGUUUUCGGCUUUCCGGCCAGAUCCUGGGAGGUGCCAUCAACAUCGGCAUCAAUGCGCACAAGGCCGAAGCAGGCAAGGUCUCCUAUUCGGUCUACCUGAUCUUCAUCGCACUGCAAGCCCUGGGGCCCUUCAUUGCCUUCCUCCUCAACCACCCGUCCCAAGUCCAGCGCAGUGACGGCAAGAAAGUCGACCUGUACAUUGUCAACCACCCUUGGUCAGAGAUCAAGGCGACGACGAAGCUCUUCUUCACCAAAAACUUCCUACUGAUCGUGCCGUUCAUCGGUCAGGCCGUAUACACCGAGGCCGUCAUGUUUACCUUCUCGUCCCUCUGGUUCUCGGUACGAGCGCGGGCGUUGGGUUCAUUUCUCUCCGGAAUCGUUGCCAUCACCGCCGGCAAUCUCCUCGGUCACUACCUGGAUCGGGCACGCGUGUCACUUCGUCUGAGAGCCCGUACAUCUUUCUUCAUCAUCAACAUCCUGCAGCUGGGUCUUUGGAUCUGGAGCACGAUCCUCGUGACCCGCUACCGCCGCACGCAUCCAACCUACGACUGGGCCGAUGGAACCCACGGCUUCGCGGCAGGCUUCACUCUCUUCCUCCUUCUCGUCCUAGGGUUCCAGCUCAACUAUAUGUACCUGUACUUUGUCAUUGGGCAGCUGACCACUUCGCCCGCGGAAACAGUGAGGUUGGCUGCCCUACUCAGAGGCACCGAGUCGGCGUGGCAAGCUGUCAGUUACGGGCUGAACGCAGUCAAGCUCUUCGCCGAGGUUGGCGGCUUCUAUCUGAACUUUGCCUUGUGGGCCAUCGCCCUGCUUCCGGCCUGGUUGGUCGUUGGCAAGAUCGGCACGCAAAAGCAGGAUCAGGAACGUCGAGUCUCCACCGGUGUCUUUGGAGUCCCUGUCGAGGCGACCACUCCUACUCGCACCAGUACUUCUGGUGAUGUGCCGUUGGAAAACAAUACAGAGUCCGGAGGGGAAGCUGUGAAAGCAUGAAAUGAAAAAGCAUCCCCGAAGUUCUAUGGUCAAGUAUGUAUGUACUUCUAAAAAGCGGACUACUAGACAGAAUACUACAUAUAGAGAUGAUAUUUGAUAGAAGCGCUACAAGGCCAUCGUACAUAGAUUAAAAUUCUAUCAACACAGUUUCGAAAACUAAUAGUAUUCAAUAUUAUACCCAAUACAGUUUCAAAUUAGC